AUGAGACAUUUUGAAGAAGAAAGUAAAAAAUGGAAAAUUUAUGAACAGGUAGCUAGUCGUAAGGAACAAGAGUUAAAUAAGGACGGAGAUGAUAUUUUAAUGAUAGAUACCGAACAGAUACCCCAAGCAAGACCCUUUAAAGAACGAUACUCAGCAAUCCUCAAUAUGACAGUUAGUGAUACAGAUAGUCAAAGUAACGAGAAUAGUAACAGUGAAUAUAAGGAAGAAUCUAGUGAUAGUAACAGCAAUAGUGAAACAGAAGAAGAAGAUGGAAAGAAAAGAAAGUUAAGAGACACUAGUAUAUCACCCACAUCUAAGGAAAAAAUAGAUAAGAUAGAUAUAAGAAAAAGAAAAGCCAAACCAAAGAAGCAAAAGACCGCACCCAUUGAGAAUGACCCAAGAGUCCCUGAAGGUAGUCCAAUAUUAUCAGUUAAUGAAAAUAGUAGUAAAGAACAAGUAGUACAGAAGAAAACAAGACAAGAUACUCCAGUAGAUCCAGCAGCGAAAAGACUCCGAUUUGGAGCCCAUUUCGUAAAACCAUCAAGAGUAGCGCCCCGACCCAAACAACAACAAGAGAUAGUCACCCAACCUGGAGAUGAAGAAGAAGAAGAAGUAUUAGCCAUUUUACCAAGAACUCCACCAGAAUUGCCAGCGCCACCAGUAUUAGGCCCAAGACAAAGUACACCACGUACCCCAAUAGCACCUCCAAGACCACUUGAAUCAAGUCCACAAGCUAAGCCAUCAGUACAGAUUGAAAAUAGAAAUAAUACAGAAGUAGUUAAGAAUAAUCAAAUUAAGGAACAAGUCACACCAAUGGACCAAGAAGUAAUAAGAUACUCCCCAUCAGUUAUUUCAAAACAUAUAGGAAGUUUUAAUAUAGAAUUAUUUGAUUUUCCAAUUAUUCCAAUUGAGUGUAAGUUCCAUUUUAGAAUAUUUCGACAAACAGCAAAUCUUGAGAAUAUUAAGGCACAUAAAGAAUAUUUAGAAAAGAAACCGAAACAGCAAGAACAAGAAUUAGAAAAACAGAUGAAACAAUUUAGUGCAGAUACGCAUAGAAUAGUAGUAAAAUAUGUUAAGGAUAGUAUAGAACCAAUAAUAGAUAGUUUAAAAGAUUCAAAUAAGAAACGUUUAGAUAAUUUAAUAUUAGAUCAAAUGAAAGAAAAAGCAUUAAGAACAAUAAGAAGUAAAGGUAAUAAGAAUAGUUUAGAAUUAAUAGAUAAGGCACAGAUGAGAUUUGAACGUAAUUUACAAUUAAAAUUCCAAUUAGAUAAGUUAGACCGAAGACUGAAUGAGAAUAUGCCACCACCAGCUCUAAAUAUAAUGGAUAAGUUACAAUGUAGAAGUAAAGAAUUAAAUAAAGAAGUUAUAGAUCAGUAUAGUGAGCAAUGGAAUAAUAUUAUUCGUAAGACUAAGUUAGAUUGA